UACCGAGAUUCAACAGUUGUUUUUCCUCUCCAUACCGGGCUGGAGCUGAUCGGAGAAAGUUUAGUGAGUGUUGUUAACUGGUUUCGGGUUGGUAGCUUGUAAUUUGCUAGUGACUGCAAGCAGUGUUAAACACCCGAUAUAAGUGGUGAUAAUUUUUUGUCAAUCGAAGGCAUCAGGAAUAAAACUGGACAAGUGAUUGAAUAAUGAGUGGCUCUGGAAAAGGAUUACUCGGAUUAUGGCUGUACCACAGUGGCGAACAGGAAUGGACCGUAAAGGAAGGCAGUCCGUUACACAAACGGAAAGAAUUUGCUCAAUGCAAACCGGCUGACACCAGCAACGGCAAUGAGCAGCGGGGUGAUAAAACGUCCAUCAUCUUCACUCUCAAAAAUCAAGUUGGCGGCUUGGCCAGAGCUCUGCAGGUGUUUCAGGAGCUCGGAAUCAAUGUUCUACACGUGGAGCUGAACAAAACUGGCGAACUGUGCGAACAAGCGGACGUUCUGGUAGACAUUGAAUGCGAGUCCAAUAAGUUGGACCAGGUGCUGCGGUUGCUGAAACGCGAGGUACAGUCGGUAAAUUACGCCGCGCCGGUGGCCAGCGAUGGACCCCCGCCGACGCCACUUUCUGCCUGUGGUAGUUUUGAUUUCGGAGAAAUGCAUUGGUUUCCGCGAAAAAUCUCUGACCUUGAUCGGGCUCAGAACGUUCUCAUGUACGGCAGUGAAUUGGACGCAGAUCAUCCCGGUUUCAAGGACCCUGUUUAUCGCAAACGAAGAGAGCAAUUUGCUGCAAUAGCCAAUUCGUACAAGCACGGAAAUCCCAUCCCAAGGAUACAGUACACCACCGAAGAGAUCAAGACAUGGGGAACCGUUUUCCGUGAACUGCACAAACUUUAUCUCAAGCAUGCUGUUCCGGAGUACAUGGAAAAUUGGCCCGAGCUAGUAAAAUACUGUGGCUACCGGGAGGACAACUUACCACAGCUGCAGGAUAUUAACGUGUUUCUGAAACGGAAGACCGGAUUUCAAAUCCGGCCGGUGGCCGGUUAUCUCACACCGAGAGAUUUCCUUUCCGGGCUGGCGUUCCGAGUGUUCCACUGCACCCAGUACAUUCGGCACUCGUCGGAUCCAUUCUACACACCGGAGCCCGACUGUUGUCACGAGCUGCUGGGUCAUAUGCCGCUACUGGCGAAUCCUAGUUUCGCUCAGUUCUCCCAGGAACUAGGUCUAGCCUCGCUAGGUGCUUGCGAUGACGAUAUCAAUAAAUUGGCGACGCUAUAUUUUUUCACUGUCGAAUUUGGAUUGUGCCGUCAGGAUGACGGAAGCUUCAAAGUCUUCGGAGCAGGACUGCUGUCAUCGGUUGCCGAACUGAAGCACGCGAUUUCCACACCGGCUAAAAUAAAACGUUUCGAUCCGGAUGAAACAUGCAAAGAGGAGUGCAUUAUCACGGCCUAUCAGAAUGCUUACUACUAUACGGAUUCGUUUGAAGAGGCCAAGGAAAAAAUGAGAGCAUUCGCCGAAAAUAUUCAACGACCGUUUGGAGUUCGAUAUAAUCCCUACACUCAAACGGUCGAGGUGCUUAGCAACGCUAAGAAAAUUACCGCUCUGGUUAGCGAGCUGCGAGGCGAUAUCAGCAUUAUAUCGGCUGCAUUGAAAAAAGUUUCGGCUUUGGAUGACAAUUUAGACGUUGAAUCUAUCGAGAAGCUUCUUUCGGCUAAACUUUGUGUGCUUAAUAAAAGUCCAAACUCUGAAUCCUCAGAUUCCACCGAUAAAGCAACUUCUCCCAACCAGUAAACGAGGUCAUUUCAACAGCAAAAAAAAAAAACAGAUCAGAACAAUAUAACCUAGCUUCGAGAGGCACUGUGGUAACAGUGUAUAAAUUCUACUGUUGAAGCAGUUUCAAAUUAUUGUGGAUGUACAUUUAAUAAAUAUUCUGGGUGUAGCAA